AUGGCCCCGGAUCGCCCGUGGCUACGGGCAGUCGACCACGGCAAUCGUCGCACGCGUUCCAAGCGCGGCGUGUUUGAGGCCCUCCAAAGCGCUUACCCGCCGAUCAUGAGAAGCGUCUGGCAUGAAGCCAUCCGUAUGGGUGGACUCGUCAUGGACGAUCCUGCUGAGAUGGCGGCGUGA